GAACAGUAGAUAGCUUCUCCUCACUUUUCACUCAAGAAAUGCUUUGGAACGUGAAAACAAACAAACAAACAUGCCUCGAAACGCAGGAAAUUGAUCAAAGAGAUUAGGUUUAGGGUUAGAAAAGUUCAUCGGAGCUAAUUUCAUUUCCACCGCAACCGCCACCUGAACUCCGAUGUCGGAUAGAAUCAGCGACCUACCCGAUCCGAUCCUCUGUCAAAUUCUCUCCUCCCUCCCAACCAAACUCGCCGCAACAACAACCGUUCUCUCACACAGAUGGAAAUCUCUCCAUCUCCAACUCUCCAUCCUCGACUUCAACGACGAAACCUUCCAACACUUCAAUUCAUUCAUCCAUUUCACCUCCACUGUAAUUUCCUCUCGCGACAUCACCGUACCGGUCCAUUCCCUAACCUUCAAAUGCAGCAACAAAACCUCCUCCUCUCACCAACGACUGAUGCUCAAUGAAGUUCUCAACUCUGUUUUCGACCGAAUACGAGUCGAGAAUCUCCGUUCCCUCGAAAUCGCAUCCAAUGGUAACCUAAUAGUUCAAUUACCCCGCCGUGUUCUUAGUUGUAAGAACCUUCAAGUUCUUAAGUUGAAUAAUGCAAUCAUGGAAGAUAGUUGUAAUUCUAGUGGAUUAGGUUUUGAAUCUCGUUUCGAUUUUCCACUUCUCAAAAUUCUCCAUUGGAAUGGUCUUAAAUUCUUAACUGCAGAAUUUCUUGUCAAGUUUAUGUCCAGUUGUCCUGUACUAGAAGAAUUGCACGCGUAUGGUUCAUCACACGUAUCUCUUGCACACGAUUCCGAGGAAAAGUUUAAUCCGUUUCCCAAUUUGGCAACAGCAACAAUUUUCGAUCAUAAUGUUCCGAUUACUUUGCUCUCUGAGGUUCAGAGUCUGCAUCUUAAAAUGAAUAGGAGGUGGAUCCGUUGCGAGCAGCUUCCCUUGUUUCAUCAACUCACCAACAUUGACAUCAUCUUUACCUAUAUAUUGUUAAAAGAUGCGCUGAAGUGGUUGCUAGAGUUACUCGGAAAUUGCCCCAAACUUCAAAAUUUUAAAAUUCAGGAUUCUACGGAUGGAUAUGGAUAUCUGAUUGAGGUGGUUGGUGACUAUUGGAUUGAUCCACCAACUGUUCCACAGUGUCUUUCAUCGCAGCUCAAAACUUUCUUUCUUGGAGGCUACAAAGGCAACGAAAAUGAGUUCCAAUUUGUCAGAUAUAUUAUGCAGAACUCAAAGGUACUACAGACAAUGACAAUUAAGAGCACCCUCGACGCAGAUAUCGAUAGAAAACACCAAAUGAUAAGGGAGUUAUCUUCAACUACAAUGACCUCUACAGCAUAUUUCUUGUGAUUUUUAAGGUUAAGAUUGCAGAUUUUUAAGUUAAUUAUUAGGCAUGAAACGUCGGACUGAAGAACUUGAUCAUGGAAACUGUUUUGGUAGUGAAUAGGAUAGGAUUUCAAGUUUUUCUGUUUUACUCAACAAAAUGGAUUUUAAAUGAGAUUGAGGAGAGAUAAAAGAGGGUGUUUGUAAUCUUUAUUUUCUCAAGUGAUGGUUAUGUUUUAAACCUGUUGUUCCCUCUUUCUAUGCCAAACUUUCUUGAAACCAUUUAUUGGAUGCUUUGUCUUAUAAGCACUGUUAUCAGAAUCGCGAUCAGAAUCGUAAAAUCCAUGGAUUUUGCGAUUUUGCUCACCCUAAACGAUCUGAAUCGUGAGUAGAAUCCUAACCCAGAGCAAAAUCCCAAUAAAAUCGCAUAAAAUCGCAGAAUCGCAGCAAAAUCCGCGAUUUUAUAUGGAUUCCACCGAUUUUGGGCUUUUUUUUUUUGGGUAAUUUUAGAAUGGGUAAAGGCGACCCGUUUAAUAAUUGUUCUGUUCUGGGCUAAUAAUUGACUGUUCUGGGAUAAUAAUUGUUUCUAAUAUGGACUAUGGCUAACAGGUUAAUCUGUAUAUAUAUAUAGUUAUAUAGUUAUAUACUAUUAUGAGUUGAAUCCAUCGAUUUUGGUUGCGAUUUUCGAUUAUGCGAUCUUGAUUUCCCCUUUCGAUUCAACAAAACGAUUUGAGUAGAAUCCACCGAUUUUGGUUGCGAUUUACGAUUUUUCGAUCUUACUAUACUCUUUCGAUUCAAAGUAAACUCUCGAUUCUGACAACCUUGCUUAUAAGGAUUGUGUUAGGAACCCGGAAUUAAGAGAGAAAAUGAGAUUAUAUAAUUCCUUACGAAAAUUCCACCUUCGCAAUUAGAGAAAUCAUAACUUACCUGCUUCACCAAUCAAGCAACAUGCCAUGGGAACCUUAGAAUGUAAAUUAAGCUAGCCUGUAUGUAUUUCCCUAAAUUUGUCUCUUCAAAGAGCAUGGUUGCAGUAGAGUUUCAAAUUGGAGGUGAGAAGACUAAUGUCAAUCAUUUCCUUUUUUAUUGAAUUAAGGGCUGAAACAGUUCCAGCAUUGGUUACAAUUCUUGUGGUUUUCUAGCUAAACUAAACAUGGACUGCAAAACGCCUUCCACUCUUGCAGCCAUGGUUUUCUCUUCAUCUACCAAGUGUGUAUAGUUAAAAUCUUUGAAUUUGAGUAAUGCAUAAGGAUCAUAUUGCUUACCUGCUCAGGACCCAUAUUUUCCCGUCAUCCAAAAAGACCACUUCAUGGUAGUAACAUUCACAUCACGAUAAAGAUAAUGAAACAAUAAACACCUUGAGAUUGCACCCACUAUGGAGCUUCUUGGUCCUUAAAGAUAAUGAAACACAAUAAACACCUUGAGAUUGCUACCCACUAUGGAGCUUCUUGGUCCUUCCUCACUUGAACUGUCCCAACCACUUAAUGGAAACACAAAAGUAAGUUCGGUUUCAUCUAUUGAUCGAGAAGAUAACCCAUUAUAAAACUGAGUUGACAUUGCACUUUUGAAUAAAUCUCUAUUUCUCUCUC